UCGACGUCAUGGUCAAGACUUGAAGAGCUCGACCCGUUGAUGUUCACGGACUUCCAGUGGUUGCCUGUUCCGUCGACCGGACGAUUGUCGAAACCGCAUUGCAACGUGCUUAUGGCACAAUUGCGGGAUUACUUGCACACUGCAGUACCAGCUCCGUUGAUGGAGGCCGGAGCAGAGGUUGUCGACCUUCACGCUUACAUCGCGAAGAUCGAUCGCGAGUUCAAGACGCAACGGUACGACGACAUCGACGCACCAUUGCUCUACGUACGCAUUCAGAUCGGAGAGGCGACCUGCAGUGCCUUGAUCGAUUGCGGAGCAUCUCGCAACUACAUCAGCCAGAACUUCAUGGUGCGCGCCCGCCUUGGCCUAUGCGUCCGGAGGAAGUCCCAGCCUACGCAAGUCACGUUGGCAGACGGUCACACGCACAAGUCAAUCGGCCGGUGCAUUGACAACGUCCCAGUGUACUUUGCCCCUCACGCAAGUGAGGCGGUGUCCUUUGACAUUCUGGACACCAAAUUUGAUAUGAUCUUAGGCAUGUCAUGGCUGCGAAGCGAGGAUCACCCGGUGAACUUCUUCCACCGCACCGUUCACAUUCCCACUUUCCAAGCGGCUAUGACAACGGAGUUCCGACACAUGCUGGAUCGGUUUGUACUCAUCUACCUUGACGACAUCUUGGUGUAUAGUCGGAGUUUGGACGAGCAUGUGGAACACCUGUGCACCGUUUUGGAGCGGCUACGACAAGCCAAGUACAAAGCAAACCGCGACAAGUGCGAGUUCGCACAGCAGGAGCUGGAGUACUUGGGACACUAUGUGACGCCGCAAGGCAUCCGUCCGCUUGCGGACAAGAUCGAGGUCCUACGAGUAUGGCCUGAGCCCACCAACACCACGGACGUUCGUUCAUUCAUCGGGUUGGCGGGCUACUAUCAGCGAUUCAUCACUGGAUACUCCAGGAUUGCUGCACCUAUGACGAGGUUAAAGUCGCCAAAGGUGCCAUUCGUAUUCGAUGACGACGCACGCCGGUCAUUCCAAGCACUUAAGACGGCUAUGCUCAUGACACCCGUCGUUAGCAUCUAUGACCCCACCCUGCCGACGCGAGUGACUACAGACGCUUCCGGCUAUGGCAUUGGGGCAAUCUUGGAACAGCACGACAGCGACGACUGGCACCCUGUGGAGUAUUUCAACCACAAAGUGCCUCCCAUCAACUCGCUUGAUGAUGCAAGGAAGAAGGAGCUGCUCGCAUUCGUGAUGGCUCUCAAGCGCUGGCGGCACUUCCUCCUUGGGCGUCGUAGGUUCACAUGGGUCACAGACAACAAUCCAUUGACCUACUAUAAGACGCAGGACACGGUGAGCAGCACGAUCGGGCGAUGGAUGUACUUCAUCAACCAAUUUGACUUCACACCGAAACAUGUCCCCGGCCUCUCGAAUCGCGUCGCAGAUGCACUCUCGCGAAGACCUGAUCUUUGCGCCAUGGCACAUCAUGCCUUCGCAUUCGACGAGGAGCUUCAACGACACUUCAUCCGGGCAUAUCAGCCUAAUCCGGACUUCGGCAUGCUCUAUGCACAGCUAUCUUCGGAUCACCCGCCGGCCAGCCAUUACCGCAUURCCGACGGGUACUUGCUCCUCCACUCGAGAGGCAAGGACUUACUAUGUGUCUCACGCGACCGUCGUCUUCGGACUCGCCUCCUCGACGAGUAUCAUGAUUCACGACUCGCCGGCCAUUUCGGAGUCAACCGCACUAUUGCACGGCUUCGACAGCGAUUCCGAUGGCCCGACCUCAUGACCGAUGUCACUCCGUAUUGCGACUCUUGCAAAAUUUGUCGACGCAGCAAGCCCCGCAACCUCAAUCCCUACGGCGAGUUACACCUGAUGCCUAUCCCACGGGAACCCGGUCUCUCCAUUGCCAUGGACGUCACCGGUCCGUUUCCUCGCGACCGGCUCGGGCACGACGGCAUCCUCACGGUUGUGGACCGAUUGAGUAAGUACGCGCGUUUUCUCCCUUGCAAGUACAACUCCACGGCUCCUGAGCUGGCAUGCUUCCUGCACACUGGUUGGAUUUGUGGCCACGGUGUACCAGAAGACAUUGUCAGCGACCAUGACACUCGUUUCAUGUCGGCGUCUAKGACUGCUCUCAUGCAGGAGUCCGGCACAACAAUGAAACCAAGUUUGUUUCGGCAUCCUCAGACAGACGGGCAGACAGAGCGGGCACAUCAAACCGCUCAAAUGAUGCUUCGUACGCUCAUCCGUCCGGACCAGAAAGAUUGGGUUGACCGCCUCCCCGACAUCGAGUUCCCCUACAACACUUCGGUGCAUCCGGCGAUCGACGUGACUCCAUUCGAGUUGCACCACGGUGGAAGGAAAGGUCGGAUCUUCGUCAAACUUCUCCUCCCUCGACCAGCCGACAUUGAUGCUGCCUGCUCUUCCGCUUCCGUCCGGAAGCGUCGCGUACCAUGUCCCAUCCGCGCCGGCGAUCUGGUUUGGGUCUCCGCGGAAGAGUUUGCACUUAAACAAGAUGUUUCACGCAAACUGCUUCCCAAGUGGUUUGGACCUUGGUCUGUGACAGCAGCCGCGGGCGAUGAGCCCGAUGGCCCUUCAUUUGUGAUCAACAUUCCAGAGCAUCURACGGUCCAUCCGGUCUUCCACGCCUCGAAGCUGGCAACAUACACGCCAGCCAAGAGCGACGACUUUCUGGACCGACGAUCGCAGGACCCUCCUUCUAUGGAUGGCCAUCAGGAAUUUGACCGCGUCAUCUCUGAUCGCAAGUACGGCAGCAAGCCGCCGCAGUACAAAGUCACAUUCAAAGCAUGCGAUGGCGACGACACUCGGUGGAUUUCAGGCGCAGAUUUGAAAGCAUCCGCACUGCUGAUCUACACGCAUUAUGAAAAGCGGAGGUUAGCUCAGGAAGCUUCACGACCAGCCCCUCCCACCCGGACUGUGGUCCCUCCCUCAGACAGACAACUUCGCCCUCGCAGGUAAGCUCGGUUUUUCAAGGAGGGGGGGGGGUGGCAUACUGCGUAGCCACAUGGGCCCUGCAAGGCCCGUCCCGGACAUUCAGCCUAAAAGCCUA